ACCCACCCACCCCACGACGCCGCUUCUCCUGCCUUGAACCUCUAUAUAAGACUAGGGUGUUAAUCAUAUUUUCCUGCUUAUAUUUCUAUAGCCAAAGCCGGAACACAUGGCUUCUUCCAUUUGCAUUUCCAGGCAGCCUAUCAUUGCUCCGGCCGCCACCCCGUUUCACCCCAAGUCAGCACCCCUCUUCCGCUCAUUCUACUUCAGGAAUGCUUCUUCCGGGGCCGUGGGCAUCCGCUGCUCCCUCCGCCGUCCUGAGUACAUCCCAAACCACAUCCCGGACCCCAAGUACGUCCGCAUAUUCGAUACCACCCUCCGCGACGGCGAGCAGUCACCCGGCGCCACUAUGACCACCAAAGAGAAGCUCGAUAUAGCUCGACAGCUCGCGCGCCUCGGCGUGGACAUAAUUGAGGCCGGGUUUCCCGCGUCCUCGGAUGCCGAUUUCGAGGCCGUCACGCUGAUUGCGCGUGAGGUUGGGAACGCCGACGCCGAUCAUGUUCCGGUUAUAUGCGCUCUGUCUAGGUGCAACAAGAGGGACAUUGAGAAGGCCUGGGAGGCGGUGAAGUAUGCAAAGAAGCCAAGGAUUCACACGUUUAUUGCCACCAGUGAAAUUCACAUGAAGUACAAGCUAAGGAUGACGCCGGAGCAGGUGAUUGAUAAGGCUAGGAGUAUGGUGGCUUAUGCCAGGAGUUUGGGGUGUGAUGACGUGGAAUUUAGCCCCGAAGAUGCUGGAAGAUCAGAAAGGGAGUUUCUUUAUCAAAUUCUUGAAGAAGUAAUCAAUGCAGGGGCAACAACCCUCAACAUUCCAGAUACAGUGGGCUACACCUUGCCCAAUGAAUUUGGACAAUUGAUUGCUGAUAUAAAAGCCAACACCCGUGGAAUUGAUAAUGUGAUAAUUUCCACUCACUGUCAGAAUGACCUUGGACUUUCUACUGCCAACACUUUAGCGGGUGCACAUGCUGGGGCAAGACAAUUAGAGGUGACCAUUAAUGGCAUUGGUGAGCGAGCUGGUAAUGCAUCAUUGGAGGAGGUCGUAAUGGCCUUGAAAUGCCGCGGAGAGCAACUAUUGGAUGGCCUUUAUACAGGGAUCAAUACACAACACAUUAUAAUGGCAAGCAAGAUGGUUGAAGAGUACAGUGGGCUGCGGGUCCAGCCGCACAAAGCGAUUGUCGGAGCUAAUGCCUUUGCUCAUGAAAGCGGCAUCCAUCAGGAUGGAAUGCUUAAAAAUAAAAAUACAUAUGAAAUUAUAGCUCCAGAAGACAUUGGACUUCUUCGAUCUAAUGAAUCUGGCAUAGUGCUUGGAAAGUUAAGUGGACGCCAUGCUCUGAAAGCCAAGAUGUUGGAGCUUGGAUAUGAUAUUGAUGGGAAGGAACUUGAUGAUCUUUUUUCACGCUUCAAAAAUGUGGCAGGAAAUAAAAAGAUUAUCACCGAUGAUGACCUAAUUGCCUUAGUUUCGGAUGAAGUUUUCCAGCCGCAAGUUGUCUGGAAACUUGAAGAUGUACAGGUUACAUGUGGAACUCUUGGCCUUUCAACUGCAACUGUUAAACUCAGUGGUGCUGAUGGUAAGAAGCAUAUUGCUUGUUCAGUUGGAACAGGGCCAGUUGAUGCUGCGUACAAGGCAGUUGAUCUUAUCGUUAAGGUACCUGUUACACUUGUUGAGUACUCCAUGAAUGCAGUCACUGAAGGUAUCGACGCAAUAGCCUCAACAAGGGUUCUAAUUCGUGGAGAGGAUAGCGUAACUUCUACCGAUGCUCCGACCGGGGAAACUGUCAAACGAACAUUCAGUGGAACUGGAGCAGCAAUGGAUAUCGUCAUCUCCAGCGUUCGGGCCUACAUUAGUGCACUGAACAAGAUGCUGGGCUACCAGAGGCGCUUGGAAGCUGAGGAUCCCAAAGAAAGUAAGUUGUUGCAUGCACAAAAAUGAAGUAAUUGUAGGGAAUGGUUCUCAGCGACUGUAUCACAAAAUGCCUUCUUCAAUAGGUCAAAGUAGGAUAACAUAGUGAUCUCCACCUCUUUUCUGUUCAAUUUUACUUUUUCUUUUUCUCUUUUUAUUAAUCUUGUAUUUAUCAGCAAAAAUUGUUGAUAACACUUGGUGCCUGUAAUAUUAUUACGUACGAUGCUUGUUUGUAAAACGUCAAACAAUUAUGAAUGGAAACGUGGGAUUGCUCAUG